AUGUUCUGUGAUUUCCUGGCGAGCUAUAUAGAAUAUGUUUACACUCUCUUCUGUCUCUGCUGGGCUCGACUGAACGCUGUGGACGUGAGAUUCAGACGUCAUGUUAGGUUGCGCCUCUCUCUCUCUCUUCAUUUGGACAGCCAACACCCAGCUUUUGCCGAGAUUUUCUUGCCCUCGUGCGACUUCGGUCUCAAAACGUCCGUUACUGGAACUGUGGCGGUGAAUGGGAACUCAAAGGUGGAGGAAUUCGACGCUGUCAUUGUGGGCGCAGGUUUUGGGGGUAUCUAUCUCCUGCAUACUCUGCGCAAAUUGGGAUACAAGGUCAACGCAAAGGAACUGUGGGACGACUGGGCGUGGAAGGAGCGGUUCCCCUGCCGCGGUGAAUUGGUCAGGAACUUUGAGCACGUUGAUAAGAAGUGGGACCUGCAGAAGGAUAUUCUCUUCAACAACGCGGUCAUAAAGGCCGAUUUCGACGAGAGCUCAAACACCUGGACGGCCAUCACGAAUAAAGGGUAUAUCGCCAAGGCACCGUUUCUUCCCCUAGCCACCGGUUUCGCUGCGGAACCAUAUUCACCCAAGAUCAAAGGACUGGAGACCUUCAAGAGCCCGGCAUACAAUACUGUACUGUGGUCUAAAGAAGGGGUCGAGCUCAAGGGGAAGAAGGUUGGUAUCAUCGGUACUGGAUCGAGCGGUGUCCAAGUCAUUCAAGAGAUUGCACCAAUCGUCGAGCAUCUCACCAUUUUCCAACACACUGCUAAUCUCGCUCUCCGCAUGGUUCGAGAGUUCUACGACGAGAAGACGGUCUAA